UGGGAGUGUUUUUAGUCAGAAGCAAAGAGGAUAGAAGGCAUUGCAGUCAAAAGAACACGUGCGUGAUGUUAUCGGAGUAACGGAUCAGAUUUUUUUUUGUGCAGGUUCGCUUGGAGGAGCUCGGAGGUUUUAGGUGAUGAGGGGAAGCCUUGGGGGCAUCAUUCUACUGGAGGCAAAUUCCCGCUCUUGCUGCAGAAAAUGAGGAUUUCAUGGAUGUUCAUGUGCCUUCUGGUUUGCAAGUCGUCGCAUGGUACUCAGGAUCAAAGUGACUCCAAGUGUGAUUGGAGCGGAUUGACGCUUCAUAACUCUCCAAAUGACAACGUGACUGUAACGUGCCCGUUGAUACUGCCCGAGGAUGAAGAAAUUUCGUUUUACCUAAUGAAAAAUAAAACCAUGAUUUAUAACCAUACGUGCAAACAGAAUUGCACUGGGAUGAAGUGGGACGCUGUGGAACUGCACAAAAAUGGAUCACAUUGGUUUUUCACAGUCAAAUUAGGACGCAGUAUCAGAGAACUGUACAGAUGCAACAUCACAAGGGCGUACCCUCCUCCUCUUACGAAAAAAGAUGGCGAUCCUGUGCUUGUAAUAGAAUUCCCUCACCAGUGCCCGAAACCCCCACGCAAUCCCACAAGAGUCGCACCAAACACAUGCCAAGAAUUUCCAUGGAUUUGGAUAAUGGUGAUUGCAAUUGUCAGUAUCUACGGUGUAACGGUCACCAUCAUUGCACUGUUUAACUGGCUCAAGUUGAAGAACACAGAAAACCAGAGUGACUACAUGAACACAAAACCCAGAGCGCCCAGGGACCGCAAGAAGAAAAAAGGUCUUCAGAAUAUACAAAGACACUUCUAAUGACUUCAUCGGAUCAUUUUGCACAGCUUUAGUUUAGACCUAAACAUUCAGGCUGUCCUUGCUGUAGCUUAUUUUUGUCAAACACAUAAUUGUGAGGUUUGUUUUUUGUGUUUUCAUAUUUCGUUGUCAACACUGUAGUAAAUCUGUACCUACACAGCAAAAGUAGCAUUUUUCUUUAAAGCAAUGGCUGUAUUAAAACUAAAAAAAAAACAACAACACACACACACUCUCUGGGUUUCUGGUUUUUCUCACUUCCUGUUUCAGUUACUAAGUCUGCCUGUCUCUUUCUCACACACACACACACACACACACACACACAUACAUGUAAUUGGGAACCCCUAUCUUUGUGGUCGAAACAGAAGGUGGUGUCUGAUUGAGGGGACUUAACCACAUUUGAAGCAUAAAUGAAUGUGUUACAGUAUGGACGCUCAAUCUGUUAAAGAGAACUCACAAAACCGCAGCAUCAAGAAUCUAAAUGUCAUGCGAGCUGUUAUUAAAGUGUUUGACUUCUCUUUCACUUCAGCGAGCUCUUACAUCUCUCUCAAAGAGCUGAUAUCGCCGGAGCUGAUGAAAGCCAGUUACUUGAAACAAUAACAACGUACACAAUUUCCUGCCUUCCUCGCUCUUAGUUUUUCCUUUUUUUUUUACCCGUCGUGCACUCUGCAGAUGUAGCAGCUUCAAAGGGACGCCACCUUUACCUUGCUCACCUUGCACUUUCUGUGCAGUCACUGCAGGCGCUCGCACCGGGUUUCACUGGUUUUAUUCAGUAGCAGGGUUUUACGCAACAGCUACCGCAAGCAUGAGCGAGAUAGACAUAGUUUCUGUUAGGCCUUGAAACAAUUUUUAGGGCUUUAAGCAAUGAUUAAAAACGAAUGCUGACUAUAAAAGAUUUUUUUUACCUCCCACACACUCAAUUCUCCUAUGAAGAAGGGCACCCUU